AUGAGAAUCCCUUACGUACCCACCCCUGUCCCGACCAAGAACGAUGAAGAAGCCGCCAUUGUGAAGCGCAUCGAGGAACGGCGAAACCCUCGUCCUCUUCAGUCCCUUGACCUUGCGCUCCUUCAUUCUCCUCCCGUGGCUGACGGAUGGAACUCGUUCCUCGGCGCUGUCCGCACAAAAACCUCGCUGAGCGACGACCUCCGUGAGCUCGCCAUCUCGCGCGUUGCCGUUUGCAACGAGGCCUGGUAUGAGUGGAAGCACCAUGCCCCGCUGGCCGUCAAGGGCGGCGUCUCUGAGGCAGGACUCGAGGCCAUCAAGCAGGACACGCUCGGUGAGCGUCCAGCCGAGUUGUCGGAGAAGCAGUGGGCCGUGUUGCUCUACACGGAUGAGAUGACGAGGAAUGUUCACGUCAAGGACGAGACGUUUGACCACCUUAAGAAGUUCUUUAAUGAGCAGGAGAUUGUCGAGAUCACAGCAACGGUGGCUUGCUACAACUGUGUGAGCCGUUUCUUGGUGGCUCUCGAUGGCAAGUCAAAACUCACAAAUCAGAUCCUCGGAGAAAGAAACGGUACCGGUCCCGAAGCUGUCUCUGGUCAUUGAUGGGGGGCUGCUGUAUCCUCCAUAUCUCCCAAGAACGGCGACGAAACAUGAUAGGGGUAUGCUAUCAACGUCAAUAGCAAAAAAGGCAUAAAACAAGAUGCACCAAGGCGUAAGGCCUCGGAAAGAAAAAGGGGGGUAUCAUCCCAUCUAUGCGAAGUGAAGUGAAAACGAACCAAACUCCUCAAUGCCCUCCAACCUUUGCCAGACCAAGGCAUCAUUAAUCAUCGCUCAUAAACCGCGCCUCUCCAUGCCUGUAGAAGAUCUAGAAUGCCGAUGCUGUGCUGUACUGUAUCGGAUCAUGCUGUAUCGUGAAAAAUGUUUGGUGGCCAAGAUGGCCGCACCAGAAAACGCCGUGCCAUGCCCGCGCUCUGUCCGUCGCAUACAAUGGGCAACCUGUGAGAAAGUUUAUGUCGUGUCGCUGUAACCGUGUGCCAAUACGUAAGGAAAACCAGGGGAAGUCUUAUGACCAAACCGAUGAGAGUAGAUCAUGGCGACUUUGAGUAGGACCUUGACAUUGCGCGCUCGAUCGAGGCGUGGCGCUGCUGCAUCCUGGGAGAUGUCUGGAGCUCCUCGACAACGCCUGCCCAUCCUUUG